AGAUCGGAAGUGGCACAGAGAUCCGCCCUACUCCAAGCUUGUUGUAUUGUGUAUUGUUCUUGCGCGCUGCGAGCCUGCAGCAGCACAUACCAUCAACUCUGCACUCAUCGAGAGAAACACAAACAUACAAUCUCUCUCUCUGGGGCAUGCAGUCAACCACAUGCGGAAGCGUGCACCACUGUUUGAAGGCAGCAGACGUGAAGAGAGGAUUGAAUGCUCUGCUACCAUGUGGAGAGCCGUCAGACAGAGGCAGUGUCAACCCAGCAGAAGGCUGCUGAUUCCUCUUCUGAGCUUGGUGUUGAUUUCGCUGGCUCUUUUGAAACUGCCUGUCUUUCACUCGGACCCAAAGCCUGUGGAGGUGCCGGUGGACCCCGUCUAUAGAAAGCGUGUCCAGUCCUAUGUCCGAGACAUACUGGCCCAAGAAUGCAGACCUUCUUUUGCCCGGCAGAGAAUGGUGGCUGAACAUUACAGCUCCACACCAGUGCUAGAGCCCUUCUUGGACAACACUCAUCUGAAUGAACAAAUAUUCCAGUAUCCCUUACCGUUUGGUUUCCUGAACAUGGAGACCUAUCUUCAGGAGAUCCUGGAACUCCUACCAGCCUCCUCUGAGAAGAGACGUGGAGCGAGGGACUGUCGUCGAUGUCUAGUGAUUGGAAAUGGAGGAAUACUGAAAGGACUAGGACUCGGACCUCUUUUUAACCAGUUUGAUACCAUCAUCAGAUUGAACAGCGGUCCUGUGCGAGGUUUCAGUGCAGACGUUGGGAACCGCACCUCCAUCAGGAUGAGUUAUCCUGAGGGCUCCCCGAAGGUCUGGGAAGACAUGGAUUCGAAUCUUAGAUUUGUGGCUGUGAUCUAUAAGUCUGUUGACUUCCACUGGCUUCGUGCCAUGAUUACCAAGACGUCCGUUUCGCUGUGGGACUGGAUGAAUUUCUGGCAGAGUGUUCCAGGGAGUCUCCCUCUCAAGGCCUCCCAGUACCGUCUGCUGAAUCCAGAGAUUAUUAGAGAGACAGCUUUGGAUCUGCUUCACUAUCCCAGUGUAAAAGAGCGACUCUCGGACUGGGACCAGAAUGUCCCUACGUUAGGGGUGUCUGCGCUCAAUCUGGCAACAUACCUGUGUGAUGAGGUGAGUUUAGCAGGCUUUGGCUAUAACCUCAGCCAGACGCACGCUCCUCUGCAUUACUAUGACCACAGACUCAUGUCAUCCAUGCUGAAGGAAGUCACGCAUAAUGUUCAGACCGAGACGGCUUUCCUCAAGAGUCUGGUGAUGUCUGGCAUUAUCACCGACCUCACGGGAGGAAUUCACUGCCCCCUCUGUUCAUGAUGACUGUGCUCUGUUGAGGAACAGACUCUCUCAGUGGCACAUGUGAAGAAGACUUCACCAAAAUGAGGGAAUAACUGAACGCACUAUGCAUGAAUUAUUUCACCAUGUUUAAAACUGUAAAGGUUUAAGAUUAAACUUUUGUUUUUAAAAUUUUUCAAAUAAAUGUUUUAAAAAGCUAUUUUGCCAAAGUAAAAUAUUUUAUUUAAAUCAGUUUUGUAGGAAAUCAGUGCCCAUUUUUUUCUUUGUGAAUGUUUAUAUUAAUAAGCAAUAAAACGUGAGCAGAUUUUAGUUGUUUGAACAUGCAAAAUAAUGUAAUGUAUUUUUUUGCUAAUAUUAUCUGUAUUAUCUAUAGUUUGUGCCAUAACUGUACUUUUCCAAAAGAUUGUUGUAGAUAGUCCACUGAACAGUCUAGUAAAGAGAAGCAUAUUCAUCUGCUAUAUACUGAGGUCACAGAAAUGCAGCAAACUGUCUGUAAGACAAAUGUGUUUGGGUCAUUUUAAGUAAUGGAGAAAUAUUACUGACUGAAGUCAUUUUGUGAUGUUGAUAAAGCAUUUCAUAUUACAGAGA